CUCACCCGGACUCACCUUCGUUCGCUUUAGUCGUCGCGAAGUCGCGCGGAGACUGCGUUCGGCCAGUACGUCUCUCCGUGCUGAAAAGUGUGUUUUUUCACAAAUUUUUCCAUUUUUCGUAUCGAGCGUUUUGUGCGAAGAAGUGUAACGAGAUGGAUAAAUAAACGUUUGUGCGGAAUUCCGAGAAAAUGAACGAGUUAGUAGGUGGGAGGACUGAACUGGCCGAUGAAAUGUCGAAGGAGAAGUCCUCGAGGUGUGAGAAAAGCGAACGAAACGGAAACAACGCCAAAGCGAUGGAGAAUGGAGAAAUGCUGAAAUGUCUGAAGACGUAAUGUCGGAAAAUCCAGCAUUCGAUCGACGCUGUAACUUAGUGCCGGUGAAAUAUCAAAGAAAAACGAUAAGAGUGAGAAUCUGUUUGCACUGUGAAGAAGAAAAAACGUAAGCAAAGUGGGCCGGUCCGAGUAACCGGAGUCUUUAUCUCCGAGGUUUUGUCAGUGAUGAGAAAAUUCGGUGGGUUAUCAGAAGAGUUACGGUGAAAAGUGUCGCUUCGGGGGGAGGAAUCGUUCGAGCGAAUAUUUCGAAAAAUUCAAAGGUCCCGGCAAGGACCUCGAAAAAUCGGGAACCGUGGAAGGGAAUUUGCGAAAAACUGCUAACCACUACGGACUACCGUUCAACAACAACAACAUCAAUCAUAACAACAAUAAUAUUGCUCAAAAUCAGAAAAAUUACUAUCAAAAUUCGUAUUCCUGCAGCAACGGUGGUCCGGCGAGUAUAUACAACGCCAUUUCUUACCCUUCGAUCCCUUCGAGCUACGUGCAAAACUAUCGCCAUCCAAAUUCCCAUUAUUUUCAUCAAAAUCAACGUCAGCUUCACGAGGAUUACAGACCAAUUUAUUUCUACGUCGCUCAACCUUACACGAUUCCAUACACUUUUGCUAAAAGGCCGAAGAAGCCAUCGAGCCUCCAGAAGCCUGGAAAACAGCGGGGAAAUUAUCGCGUUAAAUUCUCCAAAAAAUUGAGCACAGCUGAGUUUUCUGAAAAAGUUAAACAGGGCGAGUUCUCCAAGAGCCUCAGCCAGGUCAGCUUCGACGAGGCGGAGGGACCAGUGGUUGGACCAAAUUUUGUGAAGAACGGUGCAGAAAUAAACAAGGCUAAUCAGCAGCAUCAUCAGCAAAGAGAUCCCAGAAUGACGUCGAUGUUUCGAAGAGGAACAAUUUUUGCAACGUUCUUCCUUUCGCUGCUGGGCGGAGGAUUGGUUUGUGCGGCUCUUGUAACCCAGCACUGGAUCGAAGCGAGACCUUGGAGAACGCCGAAUCCUCAGGAAAGCGCUGGAAGAGUUCACUUUGGGUUACUGCAGGGAAAGAAGGAACUUAACGUUGCUUACGGAUGGAGAACGUACCACAUUUCCGUACCACAGAUGAUUCGACAAGAUCCAGCGGUCAUGUCCUACAGCCUGUGGAUUGGAACGUUAGCGACGACGUCAGGUGCCCUCGUUGCUGCAGGUCUGGCGGCUCUCCUGGCCGUUCUGAACACAGCGACAUCUCCACGCUCGAAAAUCCUUUCUGUCCCAGGCAUCUACGUCAUGAACAUCUUGACCCUUCUGUUGUGCAUAACGAGUGCGGGCACUUGGCUCGGUCAAUAUUACACUAAAUUAUACACAAACGUGUUGCCUAAAGAGGACAUUGACAACAUGUGGACUAGCGAAGGAAGUGCUGAGCUUGGUUACUCAUUUUGGCUGGUCGUGAGUGCUGGAGUCGUCCAUUUAAUAAGCAUAGCUCUCGUGGGUUGGGGCUCCGGAAGAGACAAGAAUAAUCGGCUCGAACCAAUACCAGCCCUGGAAGAAAAAACAGCAGCGGCCAUAAUGCUAUAUUAAUAAAAGAUUGCAACGACGGAAUAAACGAAUUCAUAUUUUAUCGUGUCGAACAAUGAAGAACAGUGAAGAACUGGAUAUCGGUGGAGUUACAUUCUUUCGAAAUUGAAAUAAUUUACACGUGUACUUUCUCGAUCGAAGUGACACCGCGAUGAACGAGUAACGAGAUGCUUUCAAAAUAAUUGCGAAAAUCAAGAAUUUCCAGUGUAAAUGUACUCUCAAGGCUAGAUUUACGACAGAAAUAUACUGACAAUUUCAGAAUAACUGCAACUUUCGGUCAAAGUAGCCGUGUCGUGCAGUUUAUUCUUUUGAAUAAACGAGUUAAAGGAGCUUUUUUAUAAGGACAAUGCGAAUUUUUAAGGAGUGUCAAAUAAAAAUAACUCGGGAGCGUGAAUACAAUAAUCUUUCAAAUUUCUUAUGGACCAAGGAAGUGGUUGACUUUUCAAUAGUUCAAUUUUUUAAAAAAUCAGUACAAGCCAAUUCUCAGAAUGUCUAAAGAAAUAAACUAUUUUGAUAUUGUGAACGAAAUGUUGAAAUCUCAAGAUCUUUGUUACUGAUAACUGAAUGUUAAAAAAUUUGCCCGAUUACUUUCAGAUUCUCCUCCAAUUGCAAAGCUUCAAAAUUCGAUCGAAUUAAAUUUUUAGAAGAUAUUUAAAAAAAAAACGAAUUUUUUGGAUUUCUACUAAGAAAACAUUGUAAAAAAAAUGGCUUUAUGUAUUCCUACGUGUAGAAGAAGUCGUGAAGCAACUUAUGCGUAAAUUGAAAAAAUCAUUUUCUUCCAAAAACAAAUGUACGAAAAAAUGACAAGAUUUUGGGAUAGCUGAACAUUUUUCCAGCUGAAAAAUUUUCUCAAUAUUUUUAUACUUACCAUUUGUAAUACCGUACAGUGAUUGUACUAGAAAGACAUGAAUCAAUUAAACUCCCUAAAUUUAACUAUAAUUUUCUUAAAACCAAUGGAGAAAGCGACGAAAUUGUAUAACGACGAAUCGUAUAAAGAAGAUCGUUGGUCAAAGAAAUUCAGAAACUUUCAAUAAUUAAGAUUUUAAGGUGAUAAACAACUCUAUAAAAUUUUACUCUGAUAAAUUUCCCUAAGCCGGACAGACCUCGCUCUGAUGCAGAGAACACUAAAUCGAAACUUUUCAAAAUUUCGCUCACCUUCCCAUUUCAUUAUUGUAAACAAGCGUAACUUUAAUCGUAUGUAAAGAAAGUGUACAUAGAAGGUUCCUUUUGUACGGGAGACUUGCGUAUAUUUUAAUGCUUAUUUAUUACGCGAUUUAAUUGUAAGAAUGAUGAUGAAAGAAAUGCAAGAUUUUUUGACUUUUUAAGUGACAAUAAUAAAAGCAUACGCUUAUUCAAAUUUCA